AUGAAUGGAAAAGUUAAUAUUGCGUUGGAGAGAUGCCGUGAGCGUAGGCGCAGGCGAAUAGAGAUGAGGCGCAUGUCUAGCGACGACCCUGCGUAUGCCUUGUCUCAAAGAACCACACAAUGGAACGGCGGCACCAAUUUCAACUUGAAUUUGGGCAGCAAGCAGAUCAUGUUUCCAUGGACUACGAUGAUGCCGCCGCCGGUUCUGUUUCGCUCUCCUCCGGUGGUGGCGUCGUCCAGCAAAAGAAGACACGCCAAUUUGGGUCCGAAGUCAAAAAUCCCGAAAGAAGAAGCUCCGCCAGUCUCCGGCUUUAUGUCCGUCUCCGGUUGUACGCGGGACAUGGAAGAUACAGUUUCGAUUGUUUCGAAUCUUUGCAAACCGGAGAUUAACAAGAACCGACCAGUGCAUUUCUUCGGUGUUUUUGAUGGUCAUGGAACCACUCACGUUUCUUCGCUGUGUAGGGAUUCGAUGCAUCUGAUAAUGGAACAGGAAUUGAUGGGCGCCGGAAAAACUGGGAUGGGUGGUGAUGGUGGCGGCAGCAGCAGCAGCAAGGUUAAUAAUAAGGGCAAGGGGAAGGAGAAAGAGAAAGAAGAUGAUUCGGAAUUAGAAAAGGUACUAUGGACGAAGGCGAUUAAGAGGUGUUUCAAGAGGAUGGAUGAGAUGGCCCUGUCCACGUGUCCUUGCGGCAACCCCGGAUUUAACUGCACUUGCAAGCCCCUGGAGGCGGCGCUUUCUGGUUCUACCGCCGUAUUGGCGAUGCUCACGCCGGACCAAAUAAUUGUGGCCAAUUGUGGGGAUUCACGCGCUGUUCUUUGCAGAGCCGGCAAGUGCACGCCCUUGUCCUCCGAUCAUAAGCCUGAUAGAGUAGACGAGCUUGCUAGGAUUAGAGCAUCUGGAGGCCGAGUUCUAUAUGAGAAUGGAGCAAGAGUUGAAGGUAUCCUUGCUAUGUCCCGAGCUCUAGGGGACGGGUAUCUGAAGAGAGUCAUAACAAGUGAGCCUGAGAUAUGUUUCAUGAAACGCGACCCCAGGGAUGAGUGCCUGAUUCUUGCAACUGAUGGUUUAUGGGAUGUUGUGUCGAGUAGGCUGGCUUGCGAAAUAGUUAGCAAUUGUCUUAAACAUGGUCCAGUUGGUGGUUUGGGCAUAGGUAGUAGUCAAGCUGGAUGGGAACUCAGCUUUCCAUCGACAAGUACAUCAGCAGCCACACUUCUAGCUCGCCUUGCAAUGGGCAGGAAAAGCAUGGACAAUGUAAGUGUCGUAGUGGUUGAUUUGAGGAAGUAACGAAAGUUCACUUCC